AAGGGAGGAGAGGACCCAGAGGCCCAGCAAUAAUCCAAGUGCAAAUCCAAGGGCUACAGCUAUUGGCACCAGUCUAGCCGGGUUCCCGGAGCCAGCGUCUUUAGGACUGCUCAACCUAGGUGUCCUGAAGACCUGCGGUGGCCCCCUCCCCCGUGCACGGGAGGGAAAUCGGACGAGGUUGGCCCUCCUCUCGGGUGUCUGGGCGUGGGCCACGCCGCAGCUCCGCGGAGCCUCGGUGUCUCCUGCAAAGGGGGGCGGGGGAGCCCUGAGCUGCGGCUUCCUCCCGCGCGGAGUCUCCUGCGCACCGCCGAGCCGGACGCCAGCGCCAGCCGGGUCCCCACGCCGCGGCGCGCCCGGCCUUCCCGCCGCCCCCAGAACAAUCAACCAUGACGACCGAAUCGGGAUCAGACUCAGAAUCCAAGCCAGACCAGGAGGCUGAGCCCCAGGAGGCAGCAGGGCCUCAAGAGCACGCAGGGGCACAGCCCGGACCAGAGCCUGCCAGUGGAAACGGCGAGGAGCAGCCAGCGCUAGAGCAGUUUCCUGAAGCUGCUGCACACAGCACCCCGGUGAAGAGGGAGGUCAGUGACAAGGACCGGGACUUUGCUGCCACAGCUGCGAAACAACUUGAGUAUCAGCAGUUUGAAGACGAUAAACUCUCUCAGAAAUCAUCCAGCAGCAAACUCUCGCGGUCCCCACUAAAGAUCGUGAAAAGGCCUAAAAGCAUGCAGUGCAAAGUGAUACUCCUGGAUGGAUCCGAGUACGGCUGUGACGUAGACAAGCGCUCCCGAGGACAAGUGCUGUUUGACAAAGUGUGCGAGCAUCUGAACCUGCUGGAAAAAGAUUACUUUGGUCUCACGUACCGAGACGCUGAGAAUCAGAAGAAUUGGUUGGACCCUGCUAAGGAAAUUAAAAAACAGAUUCGAAGUGGUGCUUGGCAUUUCUCAUUUAAUGUGAAAUUUUACCCACCAGACCCUGCCCAGCUAUCUGAAGAUAUCACCAGGUACUACCUCUGCUUGCAGCUGCGAGAUGAUAUUGUGUCUGGAAGGCUGCCCUGUUCGUUUGUGACUCUUGCCCUGCUGGGCUCCUACACCGUGCAGUCGGAGCUCGGAGACUACGACCCGGAUGAGUGCGGGAGCGACUACAUCAGCGAGUUCCGCUUUGCCCCAAACCACACGAAAGAACUGGAAGACAAGGUGGUCGAGCUGCACAAGAGUCACAGAGGGAUGACGCCAGCCGAAGCAGAGAUGCAUUUCUUGGAAAACGCCAAAAAACUCUCCAUGUAUGGGGUAGAUUUACAUCAUGCCAAGGAUUCUGAAGGAGUAGAAAUUAUGUUAGGAGUCUGUGCGAGUGGCCUAUUGAUAUAUCGUGACCGGCUUCGAAUAAACAGAUUUGCUUGGCCCAAGGUCCUAAAAAUUUCUUACAAGCGGAACAACUUUUACAUUAAAAUCCGGCCAGGAGAGUUUGAGCAAUUUGAAAGCACCAUUGGCUUCAAGCUGCCAAACCAUCGAGCUGCCAAGCGCCUUUGGAAAGUCUGUGUGGAGCACCACACAUUUUUCAGACUAUUGCUACCAGAAGCCCCUCCAAAGAAAUUCCUGACCCUGGGCUCCAAGUUCCGUUACAGCGGCAGGACGCAGGCGCAAACGAGAAGAGCCAGCGCACUGAUAGACCGCCCGGCACCUUACUUCGAGCGCUCCUCCAGCAAACGAUACACCAUGUCUCGCAGCUUGGACGGAGCCUCAGUGAAUGAAAACCAUGAAAUAUACAUGAAGGAUUCUAUGUCUGCUGCAGAGGUUGGUACAGGCCAGUACGCCACAACAAAGGGCAUCUCUCAGACCAACUUGAUCACCACUGUGACUCCAGAGAAAAAGGCUGAAGAGGAGCAUGUGGAGGAAGAGGACAGAAGGAAGAAGGUCGAGGAAGCCACACCUGUCACAGCCCUCCGGCACGAGGGAAAGUCACCUGGGCAUGGCUCUGACUCAUGUCCCUCGUCACCCCCAUCAGCCCAUCUUGACCCCACAUCUCCCACAAAGCUCCGCAGGAGGUGUAAGGAGAAGGAAGGCGCCUCUACCCAUUCCGUGCUGCCUACGGCUGAGCCAGCCCUGGAGUCCGAUGGCCAGGGGAAGGCUUACGUAGGGGACCAAGAUGUAGCGUUUAGUUACAGGCAGCAGACUGGCAAAGGAACCACGCUGUUUUCCUUCUCCUUGCAGCUCCCCGGGUCAUUCCCCUCACUCCUAGAUGAGGAUGGGUACCUCUCUUUCCCCAACCUGUCUGAAACCAACCUUCUGCCCCAGAGCUGGCAGCACUUCCUGCCCAUCCGCUCGCCCUCCCUCCUGCCCUGCUUCCUCUUCAUCUUCUUCUUCCUGCUCUCCGCCUCCUUCUCAGUGCCAUACGCCCUCACUCUCUCCUUCCCUCUGGCUCUCUGCCUCUGCUACCUGGAGCCCAAGGCGGCCUCCUUGAGCGCCUCCCUAGACAAUGACCCGAGUGACAGUUCAGAAGAAGAGACUGACAGCGAACGGACAGACACGGCGGCUGACGGGGAAACCAGUGCCACUGAGUCGGACCAGGAGGAAGACGCAGAGCUCAAGGCGCAGGAGCUAGAUAAAACUCAAGAUGAACUGAUGAAGCACCAAACCAACAUUAGCGAGCUGAAAAGAACCUUCCUGGAAACGUCUACAGAAACUGCCUUAACCAACGAGUGGGAAAAGAGGCUUUCCACAUCCCCCGUGCGCCUGGCUGCCAGGCAGGAGGAUGCCCCCAUGAUUGAGCCGCUGGUACCUGAGGAGACCAAAGAAGAGAGAGCGAUUUCUGAGAAAGUUGUAUUUUUACAGCAAGGAAGCUCACCAUUCCUUGAGUCUCAGCCAAGAGUGAUUGAGGAAACGCGGGAAGGAGUCUCUGCUGAUUCUGUGUCCACUUCUCAUCAAAUAAUUUUCCAGAAAAGUGUUCCAUCGACCCUAGAGGGCACAGAGGAUUGGGUUAUUGUAGACAAAAUACCCACUGAGGUAGCUGAUGGUGAUUUCAGAAAGAUUGUGACUUACAAGGUGGUAACGGUGAGCAGUAAAACCGGGGAGAUCCCAGCCGACUUGCUAAGUUCCGGCGCAAUCCACAUGCAUGGCUUCGAUGACCUGACCAGAGAAACGCAGCUCACAGAAGAAAACAAGCAGAAGAUAUACACACUAGGAAAAUCCUACGACACGGUCUCUGGAAGAAUUGUCACCAUGACUGGGAAGGCUAAAGACGGGGAGAAAGGAGCACAGCCCUCCACGCUGGGAGCCCUGUGGAAGGUGGAGGGAGGCGCUUCAGAGGCCACGAAGGUUGGUCCCCUGCUGGUGGAAUAUGAGGUCCUGGAAACCCUGGCUGAUGAGAAAUCCAGAAGAGGACCCGAGGUCCACACCCCAAAGCGGAGAGUGUCGGAAUCCCUGGCGCCCAUCAAGGAAGCUGAAUCUCGUCGGCAAAGCCCUGAGGACGGUGACGCGCAGAAGGCUCCAAUGCUUGGAGAGGAUGCGCCUGCCCAGGCCUGGUUCAGCAAAACCCAGCAGGUGCCGGAGAGUGAGGUCCUGAAGGUGGGGCCCUUUGGGCCACGCAGGAAGAGCCUGUCUGAGUGGCGGUACUCCCAGGAGCCAGGCGUUACUGUCGCCACUGCUCACUAUGUCACCGAGUCGUCGGCAUCCCAAGUGGUGACUAAGCAGUCUUCCGGGGACAAGCUCACGGAUGGCUCGGAGAUCCUCAGUCUGUUAGAGUCUGCGCGAAAGCCCACAGAGUUCAUAGGAGGGGUUUCGUCUACCACCCAGAGCUGGGUGCAGAAACUGGAGACGAAGACAGAGUCCAUUGAGACAGAGGGGGACUCGAUCCCACACCCCCAGCCCCUCAGCGCCGAGAAGGUGCUGCAGGAAACCUUGUCCGUGUCGGUGGAGGAGAGGCACGUGAUGAGCGUGCACGCCAGCGGGGAUGCUUCGCACACAGCCGGGGAUGAAGUGGCCGCCUCGGCAGAGUCCGCAGCGGCGGAUCCCCACGGUGUGAAAGGGAAGGAGGUGACAGAAGCAGCUAAGGAAGAGAGAGGAGAGGAGGCGGACAAGCCUGUCCCCGAGCAGGAGCAGCCAGCCACUGUCUCCCAGGAGGAGGAGCAGGUGUCUGCCGUGCACCCUUCCGAGGCUUUGGAACAGAAAGCUCAUUUUGAGUCCUCCACUGUGAAGAUGGAAAGCGUGAGUGUGGGCAGUGUUUCUCCAGGAGGAGUAAAACUAGAAACCUCUACCAAGGAAGUGCCAGUAGUUCACACAGAGACAAAAACCAUCACCUAUGAGUCGUCACAGGUCGAUCCUGGGGCGGAUCUGGAGCCAGGCCUGCUAAUGAGCGCACAGACGAUCACAUCUGAAACCACCAGUACCACGACCACCACACACAUCACCAAAACUGUGAAAGGAGGCAUUUCAGAGACGAGGAUCGAGAAGCGGAUAGUCAUCACGGGAGAUGCUGACAUUGACCACGACCAGGCGCUGGCUCAGGCAAUUAAAGAGGCCAAAGAGCAGCACCCUGACAUGUCAGUGACCAAAGUAGUGGUCCAUAAAGAGACAGAAAUCACACCAGAAGAUGGAGAGGAUUGACCAGAGGAAUAACUUAGCUUGCACAUGAACCCAGUCAUAUAAACUGUUAGGAAAACUGGAGCCUAUGCGGAGUUCGUUCUUCUAACCCAACUGACUUAUAUCUGUCCGUGGAAAAUUCCAAUCCAGAAGAGCUGACCUUGACCAUUAAAGACGCUGGCAGAGAGAUCCUCCCAUAAUAAAGAAAUCCGAAUCAGCAUCACUAAACUGAUACUGCAUGAAGCGAUGAUAAAAACCACAAAAGAGCCGCACUUUUAAUUUCACCAAAAUACCUGUUUUCAAUUCUACCUGCACGUUCAUAACCAACAGUGUAUACCGUGAUCUCAUGUAACACAUCCACAGCUCAUGCCUUCCAUAGUUUAUUAUUAAAGUCUCAACAGAAUCCCAGUUUCAUAGGUGACAAAUUCUCUGUUUACAAAUAAAUGUCAAUUGCCCUAAAACGCUACCCGCCGUCUAGGUCCGGUGUGUCAGAUCUACCGCAGAUUAGAUGUGCCAAUAACCAACGUUAUUUAGUAAACAACUUGAAUCUUAUCCUCGUCUAAUCUGGUUUUAUUAUUUUCACCCCUAAGCAGUUAAUGUCUCUCUGACCCUUAGAAAUAUUUAAUGCUUACAAUCUUGCUUUGUGUCUCUGAUUGUAAGGUAGCAUUGAUGUUAGCACAUUGAUGUAAGUUCUUCCUGGUCGCUUGCACUGGUCAGUGUUCAGUCCAAAAAGAUUCCCAGAAUUACUUAAGGAAACCCUCAAUAUGUAAAUUAUCGUUGUUGGGGAAGAAAAAUCUGUAUUUUUGUUAGUUUACAAUAUUACGAAAAUUCACUCCAGGGAGACCUGCCGGGCUACUUUUGCUUUGUGUUUUUGUUGAGUUUUUGUUUUGUUUUGUUUUUUGUUUUUCUCUUUCCUUGUUUUUUUUCUCAUUGAUUUUUUUUUCUUCUUUUACUUGAACAAAAAGGUGUUUUAUUUACAAAUCUGGUUCAUAUUUACAAUCUAGUUCAGAGCCAAGCCUUAAGCUGUACAGACUUUCCACUGUAAUUAAGAUAUUUAGUGUUUAGUUAUAAAUAGCCUCCAGAAAGAUAUACUCUCCAUUACACUGCCAAGUGCGUCCCACCCGCCGUGAAUGAUAUUACUGCAUCGCGAAAUAAAAAUGGCAAAUGCAUUGAAA